GAUGGCUAGCGGCAGCGCUGGGCAGCCCACCGGCGAGGCGGCUUCCCCGGCUCCCCCCGCGAGCGCCGGCGGCGGGGCCAGCUCGCAGCCGCGGAAGAGACUGGUGGCCGUGUGCGACCACUGCAAGGGCAAGAUGCAGCUGGUGGCCGAUCUGCUGCUGCUGUCGAGCGAGGCGCGGCCGGUGCUCUUCGAGGGUCCUGCGGCGGCCGGCGCCGAGUCCUUCGAGCAGUGCCGGGACACCAUCAUCGCGCGCACCAAGGGGCUCUCCAUCCUCACGCACGACGUGCAGAGCCAGCUCAACAUGGGCCGCUUUGGCGAGGCCGGGGACAGCCUGGUGGAGCUGGGCGACCUGGUCGUGUCGCUGACCGAGUGCUCGGCGCACGCCGCCUACCUGGCGGCCGUGGCCAUGCCGGGCGCGCAGCCCGCGCAGCCGGGGCUGGUGGACCGCUACCGCGUGACGCGCUGCCGCCACGAGGUGGAGCAGGGCUGCGCCGUGCUGCGCGCCACGCCGCUGGCCGACAUGACCCCGCAGCUGCUGCUGGAGGUGUCCCAGGGCCUGUCCCGCAACCUCAAGUUCCUGACGGACGCCUGCGCCCUGGCCAGUGACAAGUCUCGGGACCGCUUUGCGCGGGAGCAGUUCAAGCUGGGCGUCAAGUGCAUGAGCACCAGCGCGUCGGCGUUGCUGGCCUGCGUGCGCGAGGUCAAGGCGGCGCCCAGCGAGCUGGCGCGGGGCCGCUGCGCGCUCUUCAGCGGGCCCCUGGUGCAGGCUGUGAGUGCGCUGGUGGGCUUCGCCACCGAACCGCAGUUCCUGGGCCGCGCGGCCGCCGUGAGCGCCGAGGGCAAGGCGGUGCAGACGGCCAUCCUGGGUGGCGCCAUGAGCGUGGUGUCGGCCUGUGUCCUGCUGACCCAGUGCCUCAGGGACCUGGCUCUGCACCCGGACGGCGGUGCCAGGAUGGCGGACCACAGGGACAGGCUGCGGAGCUCGGCCUGCGCCGUGUCGGAAGGUUGCACCCUGCUAUCUCAGGCUUUACGCGAGAGGUCUUCGCCCAGGACUUUACCGCCAGUGAAUUCCAAUUCUGUGAAUUAGCCCCGGACUGAAGGAAGUUCCUGCCCCCCACCCCCUCCAUGUAUACCAAAGAAAUCACAGGUGAAGCGCCCCCCUCCACGCCCCCAUGCGCCGCCCCACCCCCAUUCCUUGUUAAGCUCUCCUGAAGAAUCUUCCAGAAGGCAGGGACCACGCACCUGGGGGGCCCGGGCCCACCUUGGCAUGUGCCUGUGGACCCCGGAGAUGGCCGAUGGGACAUCUGGUGGCUGUGCCUCCGACCCCGCCCUGGCUUCCCCUCCAGAAUUCCUCAAACUAAACCUUCUGAUGAAUCUCGGGCAGGAAGGAGGUCGUGGGUUCAUUUUGGGUUGGCUUGUUUAGUUUUGGCUUUUUUUUUUUUUUUUGGUCUUUGUUUUCUGAUGAAAAGAAAAGGUUACCUCAAUUCUCCCUAGACAUGGAUGUAGCUACCUUUAUUGUCUUAACUUUUCCAGCAGUGGAGUUGGGUCAGGAGUACCUUGGUGUGGAGAGAAUCUGCUUAGCCAUCUAGUUAGCAAACGGAGAGGGGAGGCGGCUGUGAGUGUGUGUCCUAUUUUUUAAUUUACAUUAUCGAGUGAUUUCCCUCCCGCCCCACCCAAUGUCAAGUUUUUACCUUGCAUGUACUGGAGUAUUUAUUUCAUCUAUUAAAAUGUUAUGUUUCUCAGA